GAAAAUUCCGUCAAAAUAUAUUUUUUUAGUCGAUGCCUAUACAUAUUUUUAAAAGAAAUAAGGAUUAAUAUUAAUUUUUAAAUGAAAUUACAAUGGAUACAGUUAGAGAACACAAAGAACAAAUAACAAGCGAAUACGUAAUUCCUUUUUUUAUAAUUUUAACCAGCUUUUUAUGUUCGUGCUAUAUCUUCAAUACAUGUAGAAAAAUAAGAGUUAUAAAGCCUGAAGAGCACUUUCGAGAGUUGCUGGAAGGGGAACCUACUAACAAUAUAGAGCUGGAAUACCGAAAUGAGGAACUCGUGGAACUCCCCUCGGUAGAUGAAGUGAAAAUAUCUAUAGAAAAACUAAGGAACCACAAGUCCCCAGGUAGCGAUGACAUCCCAGCAGAGUUAUUUAAGCACGGUGGAGAGCAGCUCACUAAGGUGAUGCGAGAAAUUGUUUGUAGAAUUUGGUCUGAGGAUCAAAUACUUGAAGAAUUGAGUUUAGGCUUUAUUUGCCCGUUAUACAAAAAAGGUUACCAACUGGAAUGCAAUAAGUACCGCGGAAUAACUCUCCUAAAUACAGCAUACAAGAUAUUGUCAAACAUUUUGCACAAGAGAUUAAAGCCUUAUACCGAAAUGUUUCUAGGAGAAUCAGGCAGGAUUCAGGCGUGGACGUUCAACCAUUAA